AUGGAAGGGGGGGUCCUCGCGGAUAUUGCUAACGAACGGAAUAUGGAACCGCUAAUAUCUUUGCUUCCGGAGAAUGUGCUUAUCAGGAUCAUGGGCCUCCUCAACUUGCAUGAUCUCAGUUCUUUGGCUUCGACCAACAGGUCGACACGAAAAAUUCUCGAACUGUAUCCGGCGCAAGUUGUUGUACCCUCCCUCGAAAAAACUCUGCCAAAGACAGAGAUCUUGAGAUGGUUUCCAUUCCCUGGUACCUCAGUCAAUUCUGAAACGGCUUUCGAAAUCACUAUUGACCAUGAAUUGACUUCAGCUGAGCAAAGGGGAUUAGGGACGUCCUCCAGUGGUCCAACUGAGCCCUACUCUACGGCCCGUCAUCUAGUAUAUCUCCGACAUGCAAAUCGUGUAUGGAGAGUCUUUGAUGGAAUUUUUUUCUUCAGCAAAUGGCUCCACAGAGUGGAAAGGCAUGGAAAUAACGGAAACCACGACUGUUCAACGGAAUACCGCAAAUCCAAGAUCUGUAACGAAACGUUCAGGGUGGUCCUUUUCCUCGCCCAAAACGAAGUUUACAGCCUCCACCGAUAUCUUAGACAUUGCACCGUCGAAGAGCGUAUCGCUGUGAGAUGUCAUCCACAGGCAUUUGAUAAAGUCGAAUUGCCUUUGCCGGAAAACUGGUGGAUUAAAGGCAGGGUUUUGUGGGCCCAUCGAGGGAAGCUCAAAGAGAUUGAAGCCGAGUCUCCUUACGGGAAGGAACAUUCGCGACAGUACCUGGACCACAUGCUUGCCGUCGACAGAGAUGCCUCCUUCCAACACCGUAGGAUGUGGCUGGCCAAGUACCUAACUAAGGAAGCCAACAUAACACCUGCGAGAAAGAUCGAAGAAUUCGAGAAAAGGGCGAAGGAGUUCUGGUACAGCAAAGGUAUUGUUGCGGGACUUGUCUUCACUCAGGUCGCACCUCUUAGCUGGUGGCACGACUCCAUGGUUAUGGGAGCAUGGCAAUCCAAAGAUCGCGACAUUCGAGGGUUUGAGCACAUGCGAGAUGUCUCUAUUUCAUGUUAUCAGAGAGCUAUCAAGGUAGUCGAUACGUUAGCUAUUAAGCAUUGA